UGGUUUCUCCGUCGCAUCAGUCUAAAAACAGAUAAACUCUGGGUUUACGCCUUCGUUUUUUUUGUGUGUGGCCUCGUUUUGAUUCCAAGAUUUCACUAGACAAACGCUGUCGAAAGAUGCAAGUCGUCUUAUGAUUCAUUCGCCAUGCUAGCUUUAUGUAAAAAAAAUUCGACGAGCAAAUAGACUCACAGUCAAUGUCUAUUACCCAAAAAUGAUUAAGAAAACUGGCUACCGCAAAUAUUGGUUACAUAAUUAUAUUUGUUACAUAAUUUAUAAAAUCUGAACUAAUAUUUGUGCGUGUGAGACUGUAAGACACUUCGUGUAAACGCUAUAAAUAUUUCUAGUAUAUGUGGAAAUUACGUGUUUAGGAUUCAGUUCAAUAAAGUUAAAUAGAAUGAGAAGAUUUGGUGUAUUCUGGUGUAUUCGAUGGGAAACAAGCGUAACAUUUUGUUCCCUGUAAAAACAUGCUGUGUCACACAGAAAAGGCAACGCUUCAACAGAAAUUUAUCAACAAAAUGUUAUCUCGCUUCUAGCCAGUCAACAGUUUCGACAGAACAGCUGUUGCUGCCUUUGACCUAUACAUGAAACAUGAGCAAUUUUGAACUUUCGAGAAACCUUUUGCUUCGGCCUUAAGACAAAGAAAUAUCGACAAAGAAUAUGAUUAAAUGUGAUUAUUUAAAGCACUUCAUGAUGAGUCGUGUUCCGAUUUGUUUCAAAUUCGUUUAAUAAUUACUGGAUCCGGCCGGCAUCAUAUUUGUACUUCAUGAAAGAUUUAACUCUAAAUAGAACAAAUCCUAACUCUUCCAAUUUAUUAUUUGGGGUCGCUAGAUAAUAAAAAUAAGCUUUUCUCAAAUCACUCAAACUUAACGAUUCAGCAAUUAAACGCUUUUUUUUCUUCAAAUUCAUACUGAAGUUUCGGCGUCAUUUCGCUUUUUUCGGCUACGAUAUCUUUGUCUUGCAGCAUCUUGCUCAACGAAAAUGAAUAUGCUGCGUAUCUUUCAAAAAUGAAUAAAGGUCACGCAGAUAAGAUGAGUUUAUGUGUACGACGCACCAGACAACUUUUGGGUAAUUUUAUUCACAGCUGCAGAUGAGGUCAAAAAUUAUGAAGUUAUGUAACAAAAAUUUUAAAAAAGAAUUAAAAAAAAAAUUAUUAUCCUCGAUUUAGUCCUGGCAUUCACAUUUAUUAGCGUAUCCAGGGUGGAGUAGGAUCUGUUGAUCUUUCUCAAUUUUGUCUAGUCGUUUGCCACAAGGGAAGAUGGUAAUUCCUUUCCAAUGAGAAAUUCCAAGGACUUGAACCGAUACGAAUCCCAAUCAUUUGCACCUGAGUCGCAAUCGCUAUCCAACAUACCUUGGUUGCACAUUAUUACGGCAGCGAAAGAAUAAAAUAUGAAAUCGAUUUUCAAAAGUAAAUCAAGCAACGUCAAUCCGAAAUCAAAUAAAUAAAAGUUCUCUCAGACCACGGAAUGGCAUCAGUUUCGUUUGAAAAGAACGUUGUGAAACUUGACGAAAUGGUCAAAGAUAUUGGUAGCUCGGCGUACUGUUUUGAUUGCGCAGAAGGCUUAACUCCGACACUCCUUCCGGUCAACGAUUCACAGAGUGCAAGAGAUAGAAUCGCCUCGAAGAUGGAGUGCCGCAACGAGGACGUGCGCAUCUACGACAAGUGGGAUUUUCCUCGCCGUCAUCACUAUGCAGACAGUCGGAGAAUAUCCAGCCUCCUCUUCGAUCUCGGCAUUCAUUGGAGAGCGAUAGUUGGCACGGAAGAUUACUUGCCGGGAGGUCACGGAUGGGACAACAUUUACAGCGACAUGGCAGCCAUAUUCGUGGCUCAGGGACCAUCAUUUCGUCGUGACGGCUCGACAGUGGAUCCAUUCUACAAUAUCGAAUUGUACAAUUUAAUGUGCUUACUGACUGAUGUUAGUCCAGCCCCCAAUAACGGUACGUGGGGUGCUUUGCAUCAUUUAUUGGCCAAAAAGCCAUCAGAGCUGCCUGUCAACGAUAUCGUUGCUACUUACAUUCUUGAUUAUCCGCUGGAUAGUCACGGGCAGCGAACGCAGUACAUGGAUCACCAGAAACGUAGACGAGUUUGCGAUCUCCUCUCGGGUAAUAAUGAUCCUCGCCAAAAUUUAGGAUUUAACCUGACGGAAUCAGCUGCGAAGCAAUUGGUAGAACUGCACGCUCCUUGGGGUUUGCCAGGUUCCAACAAGACAGGCGUGAAAGUGCUUAUCAGUUCUGAUUUCAUCAUCGGUUUUAACGUCCAAGACGGGAUACCAUCUUGGGUAUCCUAUACCCUUUCGAAUAGUACCAGACUAUCAAAUGAUUCACUUACCCCAUCGUGGCGAACUGAUCCACGUCUUCGAGUUUCUGACGUUUCUAUUUGUGAUCGUCUGAAAGAAAAUCCACAAUCGUCUUCAUUGCUUUUGGCUCCGCUCUUUUUCCCUAGGCUUAGCAGUUCGUUACGGCAUCUGACGGAUGCGUGGGUAGAAACCAACGCUAUCGAAAUCUCUGAAGCUUUCGAAAAGUAUUGGGAAUACAUUGAAGCCACGAUUGUACAGCUUUCGGCCGACCUUCCUGGACGAUUGAACGUCUUAGCCGGGCCAGUGAGGAACUCACCCAGUCCAGCAAUUUUCCUCGUCGUUUCGUACUGUCCCGAUCCAAUUGAGUUAGGUUGCUCCGAAGAUCAAUUGGACGUCCAAUCUUUCAUGUUUCCGACUCACCUUCACUACAGCCGAGACUGUUUAUCGACGGAUCUUUUUUCACGCAGUCACUUAACAACUGUGCGUGACGUAGAGAGGGCUUCCGGACUCCAUCUUUUCCAAUCGCUUUCCAGCGAAGCUAAGGUUCAAUUGUUGAGGUGCACUCCUUUGGCUUCUAGUUUAUUAGUUGACCCUCGUCCCAUUGAAAAAAAAUUUUUUACGGAUAAAAAUUCCGCAUCAGAUGAAGCUACUACUCUAACCUUUUUUUCUCGAUGGGUCUUUAGUAUGUUGUCACUAAUUGUAAGUGCAAUUUGGAAUAAUUUCAACGCUGAUGUUAAAUUUCCUUAAAGAUUUAACUGUUUUCUUCAUUAAUGCUUAUAAGUCAGUAAUAUCUAGAAGCCACUUUUUUGGAUUUAGAUUGAUUCUGGCUUUUCUUGUAUGAAGAAAUAAAUCCUUUAUAGGUAAGAUAACACAACAAGCGAAUAAGCUUGAAUUUACAUGGAUUUUUACAUUUACUGCUUCUUGGUUUAAUAAUCGCUGGCUUCUAAUAUACACAGAUAAGCGAAAAGUGCGCUAAGUGAUCAUUGUUAAUUUUUUCAGUUGCGAUUGUAUGUCUUGUUUAUACGACUUUUUGCUCCACCCUGCUUGGUUUAAUGUUUUAUCCCUCUUUGCUAGAGAUUUUAAAUUUUUAAUGUUACAUUUCUUUUUAUGGUCGACUGUGUUUUUUUUUUUUCUGUUUGGAGCUUACCAAUCUUAAUACAAUGCUCACGCAAAAAAAAUUAAUGAGUCUUCUGACCUGACCUCUUCUGAUGGGUGUAUGAAUUGUCUAUCUGCAAGGUACCCGAAGUAAUAAGACAAUAAAUCAAGGUUUUACCGUUAAUUCGGUUCUUAUCCUGUAA